AUGGAAGUAAACCCAAGGGAAGAUUUCAAGGCCCUAACUAUGGAAGCUGAGGCCGGACCAAAGGAGGACAAGGCUGCUAAGGAACUGAAGGAGAACAAGGCUCAGGAGGAGACUGGGAGUGUCACCAUACAUGUCCCUAAGAGAAUGGAAGAGCCUAAAGACCAACUAUCUCUAGACGUGCAAGAGGAAUCUAAGGAAGAGCAACUUGCUCGAAUCUUGGCAAUCCUUAGGAACUGCAAGCUGUUGGAGAAGAAACCCCCUUAUAUGACCUGUUUGAAAAGUGCUAUCUCUGAAAACACGGUUCUGAAGGGGGAUGAAACAGUGGCAUUGUGUGACCUUCGCUCAAACAUUAAUCUUAGGCCUCUCUUUGUGAUGAAGAAGCUGGGAAUCCAAAAAGUGCAGCCUACCAAGAUCUCACUGGAAAUGGCAGACAAGUCCCUGAAAUGGGCAUAUAGACUGGUGAAAUACGUCCUUGUAAAGGUUGAAGACCUUUACCUCUCUGCAGUCUUUGUGAUAGUAGACACUGGAGAGGAUAGGGAUAACUCCAUCAUCCUUGGAAGGUCAUUCUUAGCUACUAUAAAGGCCUUGAUUGAUAUAGAAAAAGGAGAGCUGGUCUUGAAGCUCUGGGAUGAUCAUAUCCUGUUUAAGAUUCCCAACCCUCACUCUCUCUCGGACAAAAGAAAUACUACUGUGCAACACUUAGUGUUUCAGCCUUCUCUCUCAGUGUAG